CCAGGAGCCUCGCGUGUUGUACCGCUUGCUUAAUGAUGGCAUUCAGCGUGGCAUCUGGCGGCAGUAAAUGACGGUCCGCAAAAGAUAACCAACUAGCCAGCCAGCCAGCCAGCCAGCCAGUCAGUCAGUCAGUCAGUCAGCCAGCCAGCCAUCGUCCCCAGGCGUCUCUGAUUCGACCAGGAGCCGUGUACACUGAUGGGGUAGACGCGCUAUGCCUUCGAGCCGUGUCCAUGACUGAACGCGGUGAAGACUCCCCUGCUUUGCAGUAUUACAUUUAGCAAUAUUUGUCUGGCGUGCAGUGUAGCACAGAACAUAUUGCCUAGAAGAAACACACGAAGGAAUCCUUACUUCAUCAACUUAAGCGAUUUAGAACGAGACACACACGGAAAGAAGGACAAGAUUUGAGUCACCUAUCUCAUUGAGCAAUUGUGAGAUUUGUCCACGCUUCGACGUGCAUAGAUGUUGAUAAAGAGAUAGAUAGCAAUUCGAUCUUGUGAAGCCUGUAACAGGUGACCGAGAGGGAAAAUUGACAUAUGGAACGAAGAUUUUAGCCAACCGGUGCAAACAAAAGUUUCAAUGUUUAUCGCGGCCGAAUAUCAUAUGAUUUGUGUGAUGAUAUUGAACGCCGUGCGAGUAGUGCCUCUCUUUGAUGUUUAUGACGGAUAGUAUUUAUGAUUGUGAUGGUGAACGAUACAGAAAUGUGAAGGCAUUAUGGGGUAACUAUUCGACCAGAAGUGAAUACCCCAAGAUACUACCUGUGGAUAUAGCUUACUCAUUAAGUAUAACGAUACGAUCUGAAGUCGAAUACUAAUGUUGUUUAAAAAUGGUAUAGAACUGUCGACACGGCAUAGUUAUUGCUUAAUCAUCUCCUAUACCCCACAGUUUUUUUUUUAUAUACUAUGUUAACUUUAAUCCCUGGUGUGUUUCUUAAACGUGCUUCCUUUUCUGCUCAUAAGGCAGGACGUGAAUUGAAAACCUUUCAGGACAUGCUUUGUUUCUUUAGAAUUGGAAGGUUUGCAAAGUACGAAUUCAUUUUUUCAGUUCACCUCUCGUAUUGUUUUUAAUAUAGCUUCAUUUUUGAACGGCAAUGAACUGGAGCUCUUAAGGGCCAGGACACGCAUACGCUGCACGAGCAUCAAACAACAUACCGCUUAACGACCACAACUCAUUUGUGUGCAAGUCGUAUGGAGCCAUUCUGCAACAGAGUGCGUCUAACGGGAACACUGAGCUACGCAAAAAAAUCUCCAGUUUGGACCUUUUUCCAUCUUUUAGAUACCUAGAACAGGCCUGCAAUCGCUUUAGUAAUAUUCAGCUCCCAUGCAUGGGGCCGUUCUAAUCGAAAACUUGUUUCGUUCGCCGUAUUUACUACGAAUAUUUUUCUACUGAUUUUUUUCUAGAUGAACCAAAUUACACUUAUAUAUGAAUGAAAUGAAAUGAAAAUUACCUAAAAAAAUGCGGUAUACGACCGACGCUAAAAUAAUUUUUUUUUUUGUUUCGAAGUUUGUUAAAUCAGUAACACAAUGCCAAAUUGAAAGAUAGUUGAGAGAUCGCAGACUCGUUAACAGUUGUUUUUCUCCACGUAUUUUUGGAGCAUAAGCUGACUAGUGUUUGCACUGUGUCAUUCAUUCGCCCAACACUAGAAGGCUCGGGCGGAGUUCGAUUAAUCUGACUCCGUCCGUUCUUCGCUCGUAUGUUUAGAAAAGAUCAUAUUUUUUUCUUCAACCAAAAGGAACCAUUAGAAACGAGUCAAAAGGCAACGCAACCCAUAAGAAUUUUUAUGGCCGUACUAUCGCCAGCCCUGUUUCUAAAAACUGAAAUCAUAUGCAAUUUAUCUUGUUUUUAUGACCUUUGUGUCUUUUUCGGGCAUUUACCUGCGUUUGCAGUCAAGGACAUAUGAUAUUUUCUCUACUCGUCGGGAUUGUUUCCAUGGAUAUUAUUAUCGGCAGGCGGUCGCAGUUACCAGCUUACCUAUAAAUCCAUAGGACGAGAUGUGUAGUCGGUGGCAUCAAUGCUUCACAGAAGACAACAGCCUGCAUGUGAGUGCAUGUCGUUGUGUGGUAUUCAAAUGAGAUUCUUCAUAGUUUUCAUUUUUAGCCUGGAAGAGAACUCUGGCUAUUUAGAAAUUCGCUUUCCGCGUUAACAGAACUAUAGAGGCCGCUAAAAAAGUUGGACUAUCUAUUCAUGUGGCGCUGGAGAAGGCUCGAAGAAAACUGUCGAUACUUUAAGCAUCGAGAAGGAACACACAACAGGGCUAAAUAGUUCAUUUCAUGUCGUGAUCAAGCAGAUUGAUCGUUGACGACCGUUCGGGAAGAACGUACAGUAUGAUGCUGUGGCGUAGCGUUUCUCAGGCCGCCGUACUUCUUAGUGUCUUCAUCGCGUUUAUCCUCAUUCUUCUCCUAUUGCAUCCGGCUCGGCCAUUAAUCGGUGGAUAUCGUGGAGGCAAUGCGGCAAGCGUCCACUUUCGCGACGGCAUGCACAAUGUGAACAUUACUAAUCCCAGCCACUUCUUUGUGAAUCGAGCAGCUUUGGCCUUGUCCCUGAAGGAAGCUGCCCGUGAUUACGACGAAUACUCGUUAAGGCUAAUGAAUCACACCGGUAUCCCCUUUUUUCGACGAAACAAGGCUGACGUACAGCCGCGGAUGCUUCUUCUGACAGAUCUCAAUGAACCAAACCCUGUAACUAGCCCACAGCAAGUUUGUAUCGCUGCAUAUGGUACCUUGAGUGAUUUGCAUCAUGCAGUGGAACUUUCUUGGUUAUGGAAAACCUCACCUGUAUCCGUGGCUAUCUUUGCUGCACCAGGUGAAGCUCAUUUGGUGCUGGAGUAUCUUCAGUACCUCAGUACAUGCCAUCGCGGGGUAAGAGCCCAUUUUAAUUUCGAUCUUCUCGUUGCCCAUCCGGAGGACUUACAGCAAAAAGAAGAUGAAGCCUUUUAUUCAAAGUUUGCCUGUGAAGAGUAUCGUGAGGCUCUUUCGUACCAACUUUCGCGGCGGUCGAAAUCACUGAAAAGAGAAGAGAAUGUAGAUUCAUUACCCGUCAAUGAACUUCGAAAUAUUGGCCAACAAAGCUGCCGGCGCGGUAUGGGCGCUCAGAUCGGCCUCACGCUUCCUCUAGGUGCCAUGCCUCGUCCUGGGCUGGAUAUCGAACUUGCGUCUUUUCUAGCCAGACUUCGUACGACAAGCUCAUCAGGCCAGACGUGCGAUAAGUGCAUUUACGUUAUUCCCACCUUCAUCUCCUCCCAAAGUCUAAAGGUGCCCCGAACUAAAGCUGCUGUAGACGCACUUGUUACACAGGAUCGUCUCAUGCCCGAUGACGAACUCACGUACUGCCGAUGGACAGCUUUUAAAGGCAACUCCGUAACAGCUAGUGGCAAAGGUGGGGCUAGCAGUCCAAAUAUCACACUGACUUACCAGCCAACACCGAGGUUCUUUAAGGCUUAUGUUGCUCCACUUGAUCUGCCCAGGAUGGACACGCGAUUCAAAGGUGUCGACGCGCCGCCGACCCAGCUCAUCGAGGCCUAUCUACAAGGCUAUCGAUUUUGGGUUCUUAGCGAGGCUUUUAUCGUUCGAAAGGUGUUUGGGCAUCGGGUGUCGAAGAGCGUUUCGUCAACAUCAAUGAAGAUCAAACUGAUCGAACGUUCGGCAACGCAGGCCGUUCAAAAAUUGCCCAAAGGAUCGACAGCGGCUUCCGUUGUUGGUGACCCGACCGCCGCCGACGGAAGCAGUGCCGCUGACAGAUCUGAGAAAAGCGCUAUAUUCAACGGUACAAAAGCAAAUGUUUCUCAUAACAAUUCGCAGUUUGCACCGUCGCGGAGAAAUACAUCGGCACUUAAUACAGAUGCAACAAACAAAUUCAAGGAAGAUCUCCGGCGAAAAUAUCCUUUGAUAGGCAAAAUCAACUGGACUAAAGAUGAAUUGGUGCUCGAGGAAAGAAAAACAUAGAUCGGAGAAGAGAAUAUUUGUUAAUGGCCAAUUAUAUUCCGUGAUAAUCUGAGCUGCACUAAGCUGUGAUGAGGAAAGAAGAUCUGCGUGUAUAUAAUCUGUAAAUAAUUAAAUAAGUAAUGCGGGAUGUUUCUAAUUAAGAGAAAUACGUAUUCUGUAAAUGUAACUCAUCGUUGCCACGUAUAGUAAAUGAUAACAAAUGCAAUAGAAAUUCGGACGUUGUGGAGGCGCUCUUCGGUUUCAAAA